UCUGCUCCUGGCUGCUCCAUUACAGAAUCGAGCGGCCGCUGCGGAGAUGAUCGCAGGAGGACCAGAGGAGAACCCCGGAGGAGCCCGGAGCAGACUGCCCAAACUGAAGAUCCCUGCAAAGAUCUGGAAGAAGCGAAAACCGCACAACAACAAUGAAGGGGAUGAGUUGGACGAGGUGCAGGAGGAGCAGCUGGAGGAGGUCAGCAGGAGGCUGAUAGAGAGAGAGGAGGAGCUCUUUAGUCAUGACUGUCUCUGUGAAGAGGAGGAGGACCAGCUGCACAGAGAUUUCGAGGCUCUGCAACUGAAGCUGUGGAUGGCCAUUAAUGACACCUUCACCCCCGUCUCCUCUACGGGGCAGCUGGAGGUCCUGAGGAGUGCCAUGGCCUCCAUCCAGCAGCAGGAGGUGCAGGACCAGCGCUGGAGAGACUGUCACGAGGAGCGAGUCCCAAGGUGGCGCCCUCAGAAGUGUCUCAGCAUCCACAAUGUCCUGCUGCAGAACAUGGUUGAGCGCAGAAUGGCAGAGGCUGCAGAAGCUGACUCGGGAGGAACCGACCAGCUCUCCUCACCUAUGAAGAGACAGGUGUGUCGAGUGGGGAGGUGUGUGAAGGAAGACCUGCUCAUGGUGGUGAGGAGGGUGAAGGACUGUUACCCUCCUCACAUGGACAUCAUGAACCUCUACGCUGCUCUGUACCAUCAAGAGUUCUCGGCCCGCCUCGCUCGGCUUGCCCCUCCGGGGCUGAACGACGAUGACUGCGGCUACCUGCUGCUCUGGGUCAACCAUUACUACCCACAUGAAAUACUGAAACAUCAGGAGCUGGACGGACAGAUAAAGGCAGCCUGUUUGGGUUCUCUGCUGCAGCAGGAUGACCUGAAGCAGCUGGAGGAGCAGUACCUGGCCCACAAAGAGGAAAAGGUGAAGUUGUGGCUGAACACUGCAUUGAAGAAGGAACAGGAAAACUGGCUGACAGGAAGGACACCUGAACUCAUCGACAGUUAUUAUUUCAGUCCUCUGGCUGUAGACAUCAUUCAGAUGAUGACCAGUUCCCUGUCUGAGAUCAACUGCGCCAUCAGAGACCAGAAAAAAACUCAGAGGUUCACAGUUCAUCUGGAGCACUUCCUCUGCAGCUAUGUGAAGUGUGUGGAGGACUUUGUGAAGGGAAACCACAGUAACAUCUGCUCUGUGAUCAAAGCUCAGCUGGUCUGUGAGCAGCAGCUCAGGGAUUACAUCGCCGCUGAAACAGGAAAUCUGUCUGAGGAGCAGAAGUGUCGCUGCCUGCAGACUCUGUCUGCCCUGAGGGAUUGUGGGCACAGGUGUCUCACCUGUUCUCUUCACGCUGAGCUGAAGAAGGUGUGUUGGAGUCAGCUGUGGACACCGCAAUGGCUGGACGGCUCACUUCCUGUUGUCAACUUGCUCCUGGACUCUCUGAGCCAAGAGCUGGUCAACCUGACUGACCUGAAACCAGCCUGCAGAGAGUCCCUCCUUUGUGAACUUUAUCAGGAGGUGGCUCUGAGGUAUGGGAAGAGGAUGAUGAAGACCAGGAUGAAGAGCAAAGAGCAGCAAAUUGCUGGAGCUCAGCAGCUGAUCGAAGACGCCAAAAAGAUCAACAGCUUCUUCUUAGAGGAGGGAUGCAGCAAGGCCUCGUGGCUCUGUGAGAUGCUCUGCAAACUUGCCGAGGUCCUCCGCCUGCAGGAUCCUGCCAGCAUUCAGCUGGAGCUCGUCACUCUGGCCCGGAAUUUCAGCGACCUCAGCAAUGCUCAUGUGUCGGCUCUGCUGUCUCUGAAAAUCGGCCUCUCAGCUGCAAACGCUCGCUCCAUCAGGCGCAGCGUGGAGGAGAACCGCCACUGUGAUGUCACCACUCACAGCCCUCCAUUCUUCUCGAAGCUCAAAGUCAAAUGGAUCAACAACAAAAUGAAUCAGAUGGGACUCAAGGCCUAACUUCAUCACGUUAGCAGCUCUGUGAGCAGUGUUUCCUCAUGUCUCAUGUCACUUCAUCAUCCUAAUACACACAGGUAUUUUAUUGUGAAAGGUGGGGCACGCUGUCUGGAGCAGAUGACCAGGGUUAUUAUAGUUAACGAGAACAAACAAAAUAAUGAAAACCGAAGUUGAAAAACAUUGUCGUUAACUGAAAUAAAUAAAAAUUAUAAUUAAAAGGAAAAAACGAUAACUAACUAAAACUGAAUUGUGAGUUUACAAAGCUAACUAAAACUGACUGAAAUUAUAGCUAAACUGGCCUUCAUUUUCUUGUUUAUCAUUUUAUUUCAAAGCCUGGUGGCUUGAUAUGAAAUAAUUUUUUACACUCUCAGAGUUUAAGCUGGGAGUGCCAUCAGGCAGCUGUGUGCAGGUGUGUGUGUGUGUGUGUGUGUGUGUGUGUGUGUGCAUGCUCACCACGCUGGCCCUCAAAGUAAUGGCAGCGGUCUGCAGAGAAAGCAGCAGCAGAGACCCACAUAUGGAGUUCCUUUGAGCACGACAGCACAGACAGAAGCGAGUGUGUUGUUGUGGGUAAUGAAAAAUGUGCGGAACAGGAAGAAAACACCAACAUCAACGUCCAGCUCAGAAACCGCUCUGACCCUACAAGGUAACCUGGCGUGGACCUCUGGAGAAACGCGACUCCUCGUCGAGUCCUCGCUGCGUUUAACCUGUUCAGUCCUUGUGCGUUUCCGGCUACUUUAUCAGUGAGAAUAAC